AGUUGGAACACGCAAAAUCUCAAAGUUGCUUUCACUAUCUCUCUCUCUUUCUCUCUCUCUCCAACCCCACAAAUAGAAAUGAGAGAAAUAGUAGCAAAGCAGCACAGGCUGUCUCCUCCCACCCCGGUCAAACCAAACCAAACCAAGAGCACCAGUCACCACUACUCUACUACCACCACCAAAAGCCCACAAUUUCAAAAAUGACAACCCCAUCUCACAGCCGACCCACCCGGGCGGUGGGUUCUAUCAUUUCACUAUUCACCCUUCACAUCUUUUGUGAUGAUGAUGAUUUGAUGAGCGUGGCCCAAGUCAGAGGGUGGACCUAUUGCUGUGGUGCGGAGGGCGGGGAGGUUAUCACACCCCACCCCUCCACCUAAGCGGCUCAUCCACCUAGAUCUCAAAAUCAGCCGCACACACCUCCCCUCCCCACCCACCCACCCCAUUAUGUCACCCACCACCACUCAUCUUCCUGCGCCGCCCCCCUCCUUAUUCUUCACCCUACCUCCCUAAUUUUUCCUUUCCCCCUUUCUCUCUUUUCCUUCGCCUUAAGCCUAUGGCUUCCUCGUCCUCGCCGCCGCCGACGGACGCUAUCUCCGCCAUCGACACACCUGCUAGCCCCAUCACCUCCACGGCGGGCCCACCCACGGCGGUCCCACUGCCCCUCUCUCUCCCGGCCCCACCUGAACCUGAAACCGAGACCCAACCAACACCCACCACCACCACCACCACCGCCACCGCCACUGGUACCGUGUCGAGGCGCUUGCCGCCGCCAUGCUGGUCGCACGACGAGACCGUGGCCUUGAUCGACUCGUACCGCGAGAAGUGGUACUCGCUCAGGAGGGGGAAUCUGAAGGCGACCCACUGGCAAGAGGUUGCGGACUCGGUGGCUCGGCGAUGCUCGGCAUCUGCGCCGGCCAAGACAGCUGUGCAGUGCCGGCACAAGAUGGAGAAGCUCCGCAAGCGGUACCGCACGGAGCUCCAGCGCGCGCGAUCCAUGCCCGUUUCCCGCUUCGCCUCGUCCUGGGUCCACUUCAAGCGCAUGGACGCCAUGGAAAAAGGCCCCACCUCCACCCCAUCCUCCGCGUCCGCCUCCAAGCGCCGCGAGAACACUAUCGAAAACGCCUCCGAUAGCGAUUACGGGAACGAAGUCGACCUCGACGACGAGGAGAACGAGGAGGACCAGGACCUGUACGAAGAGUUCAAAAAUGGAGGGUCCAAUAUGAGGCACAUGAGCAAAUUGUAUAGGAACAAUGGGAUUGGUGGUGGUGGCGGUGGCGGUGGUAGUGGUGGGUUUCGGAUUAGAAUUCCCACUGGAGUGAGUAUAGCGCAGCCGGGGUCGAAAUUUUACGGAAGCAAGUACAAUUCGAAUUCGAGCCCUAACCCCAACCCUAACCCUAGUUCGAGCUCUGGUGGGAAUUUUGGGGCUCGGGUUUUGAGGGACUGCAAUUCGGCGAGGCAGGGUUCGGGGAAGAGGGAGAGGGACCCAGUGACAGAGAUGGUGUCUGCGAUCAAGGUUUUGGGAGAUGGGUUUGUGAGGAUGGAGCAGAUGAAGAUGGAGAUGGCGAGGGAGAUCGAGGCGAUGCGGAUGGAAAUGGAGAUGAAGCGCACCGAGAUGAUCCUGGAGUCGCAGCAGCGGAUCGUGGAAGCAUUUGCGAAGGCAUUCUCUGAGAAGAGCAAGAAGAAGAAGGCAAAGCGAAUGCCCUCGCCCCCGGAGGCUUAGAAGAACGCUUUAUCGGCGGUUGGAUUUUGCGGGUUUCUUGGCCUUGUUGGUGCCACCCAACUGGUGUUUUGUUUUGUUUUGUGUAGUUUUGCUGCAGUUGAUAGUUGGGGGAUGGAAUGAGUGGUUUGGCAUUGGAGACUCAAUGGAGCUUUUUAGCUCAAAGAGGCCAAAGAGACUGAGAUAAUGUGAGUUGUGUAGCUUAGUUGUUGGUGUUCAAUUUGGGAAUUCACUAGUUGUAGCUUGAUUUUCAGUGAAAAUGUAGUCUUGUUUUCCUUAUAUGUGGGGGAGUAGAUGCAUCAUCAACCAUCAUAUAUUGUUGGCUUUGUGUUCUAAUUAAUGCAUAAAAUGCUGCUGGAAAAGAGUUAAUUCU